UGCUUUGGAAAGGAUUUUUUUUGUUCGCACUGUUGGCUUCGUCGUCCUCUUCGUGUUCUCGUCGAGCUUUGAGGCGUUGGGAGCGAGUAGGAGCGGCGAUGGCGAUGGCCAAGGGACUCUGGAGCUCUACUGUCCUGCUGCUGCUGCUGGUCUCAGCGGUUCUCAUGCCAACAUUCGUAAUUCCAGUUUCAAGCAGUGAGGAUCCAGAACCACAAACAAGCGAGGAGACUAUUGAUGAACCUGUAAAAGAAUCUUUUACGGAGGAUAAAUAUAUUGGAGCUGCUCCAGGAGUGGUAGCAGCUGUUUAUUUUCCCAAAAAUCUAAACAAUGUUGUGAAAGCAGGCGAGCCUACGCAAGUUCUUAUCAAUAUAACCAAUGACGGAGCUGGUCCCAUGCAAGUGCAAUAUGUCCGUGCCAGUCUUCACCUUCCACAUGACCAUCGUGUUAUCAUUCAAAACUUUACCGUUCAGGAGUACUCUAGCAGUAUCCCACAAGGCAACAAGGCGACUUUCAGCUAUUGGUUCGGUGUUGUCAAGUUUCUCCAGCCAGGAAACUAUGACUUCGUUGGGAAGUUUAUUUACGAGCUGGAUAACAAAGCUUACACGCAUGUCUUCUUCAAUAGCACUAUUGAUAUUGUGGAAUCUGGCGGCUUUGUGAGUGGGGAAACGAUUUUCCUUUCCACUUUGGGCUUGGGUUUGCUGGGAUAUCUGGGCAUGUGGGUCUAUUCUAAAGUCCAGGAUCUUAUCAAGAAGCAAAAAAGGAGCAGCAAGAAAGUUGAGACAGGUACCCGUACCAACAGUGAUGCUCAUGCCAGUGAAUGGCUUCAAGGUACCUCAUUUACCCAGAAAUUGUCGAAGAACAUCUCGCAGCAGCGAAAGUCGUUCAAGAAAAAGAGCUCAUCAAAAGAUUCCAAGGACGCUUCCAAGGACUCGUAGACAGUCAAUUUUGCACUAGUAUCCUUCCUAGAAUAUCACAUGGUGUACUGCAUCGAAGUGGCGCCCCUGGUCCAUAGCGAUUGCUUCUUUGGACGUCUUUACUGCAUUUUUAACAGAGUUCCGAAAUCAGUAACCGAGUUGAGUGCUACUUCCACACACGGCUGCUCGUCCAGUCACUGUUUAGUUCUUUUGCUGGAGAGGAGUGCUAUCUACACGAUGGUGAUGGUCGUUAUCGUAAAUACGACUAAGCAGUGUAACAUGAAGCUUUUUUGCAAGGUUUCAACAGUUGAAGUUUUA